AUGUCUUCCACAAGCGCACCAUGGGCCGACAUAAUCCGCCAAGGUGUGGAUAUUAAUUUACAGGCAAUUCACAAAAUAAAUUACCAGAUUCACAGUGAACCGGAGCUCGCCUACGAAGAACACAAAGCUCACGCUAACUUUGUCUCUCUUUUGGAAACACUUGGCUUCCGGGUGACUCCCAAUGCCUACGGUGUAGACACUGCCUUUUCCGCCGAGUACGGCUCGGGUGGGCGUCUAGUCGUAUUCAAUGCGGAAUAUGACGCUCUGCCAGGGAUCGGCCAUGCAUGUGGCCACAACCUGAUUGCUUCUGCUAGCUUCGCUGCUUUCCUAGGUGUCGCCGAAGCUCUGAAGAAGACAUCGACUCCAGGCAGAGUACGGUUGCUGGGCACACCGGCCGAAGAAGGCGGUGGCGGCAAGAUUCAUCUCAUCAGCAACGGUGCCUACCGUGAUGCCGCUGCUUGUCUCAUGACGCACCCCGGUCCUCAGUAUCUUCUUUCCGGAGCUGUCACUGGAGUCGCGGCUGUAAAGAUGCUGGCCAAUGUCAAGUGGCGAAUCUUUUUCAGCGGGCAGACCGCACACGCAGCGAUGGAGCCUUGGAAUGGCUUCAAUGCGCUUGACGCUGUUUGCUUGUCUUAUAAUGCAAUUUCUAUGCUGAGACAGCAAAUCCGACCACAUGAGCGAAUCCAUGGUGUGAUAAAGGAGGGUGGCGAUCGCCCAAAUGUCAUUCCAGGAUCGACCAGCGUUGAUUACUAUGUCCGCAGUGAUACUUUGGCCGCCGCCCAGCGGUUGUGGAAACGCGUUCAACUAUGCUUUGAAGGUGCAGCCAUUGCUACAGGCUGCCAGGUCCGAUACGAACCGAUCAACUCCUAUGCCGAUCUACGUUCCUCUAUGGCGCUCUGCAGGGAGUUCGUUGCCACGCUACCCGAUGGAACGGUCUCUUUGGAUGAGCCUGCCGACUUCCUUGCCGGCUCUACCGAUAUGGGCAAUGUUACUUACGAAUGUCCUGGCUUCCAUGGCGCCUUUGGAAUAGACACGAAAAAAGGACAAGGAAAUCACACAAGGCCAUUCGCUGAUGCCUCUGGCCUUGAGAAGUCUCUCGAUCGAGCAGUAGAGUGGGGGAAAGGUAUGGCACUGGUAGGAUAUCGGGUUCUCUGCGAUGAUGCAUUCCAUCAGGCGGUUCAGGAUGAGUGGGAAGAUGAUAUGAAGCGCGCAGCAUUGUAA